AUGUACAAGCGGACACUCGCCGGGUACGAGAAAGCACUCGGAGCUGACCACACGUCGACCCUCAAUGCUGUCAACAACCUCGGGCUUCUAUAUAUCGAACAACGCAAGCUGGAUGAGGCAGAACAAAUGCACCAGCGGGCGCUAACCGGUAGAGAAAAAGCACUUGGUACGGCCCACAGGUCGACUCUUGAUACUGUCCACAACCUCGGGAAUGUGUAUUUCGCCCGCGGAGAGCUGGAUGCAGUAGAGGCGCUAUAUCAGGGGGCGCUAGCUUGGUGCGAGAAAUCGCUCGGGAUGGAUCAUGCGUCAACUCUUGAAACCGUCAACAAUUUAGGGAAUCUCUACCACGAAAAAGGAAAGCUGGACGAGGCAGAGCAAUUGCACCAGCGUGCGCCGGCCGAUAAGGAGAAAACGAUCGGUAUGAACCACACGUCGACUCUCGACACUGUCAACAAUCUCGCGAUUACCUUUCACGACCAGGGAAAGCUAGCCGAGGCAGAGCAGAAGUAUAAGCGCGCGCUAGCUGGGAAGGAACAGACAAUUGGAAUUGAUCACUCGCUGACAGUUAACACCAUCAACAAUCUUGGAGUAUUGUAUUGUGACCAGGGCAAGUUGGAUGAGGCGAUGCAGAUGCACAAGCGAGCACUAGCUAGGAGAGAGAUACUUCUGGGGCUGGAUCACAGACUGACCCUCGAAAGUGUAAAUAAUCUCGGGAUUAUACAUGUCAAACAAGGCGAACUUGACGAAUGA